GUCUAACUUUCCUCAUAUUUUCUUAUAUUUCUCGCUUGGACUGAGAAUAUCCAAUCAUUGGCCUUGCGCGUCUCCAUCAUUUCCUCUUAACAAUCAUCUCCAAAAAGGAAAAGAAGAGCUUCUUGGAUCGGCUAGAAAGCUUGUCGCGCUUGAUCUUAACUGGAAAAAGAAGACUUGAAGUAGUGUAAAUCCAGCAAGACUUGCUCCACUGAGUUUAGAUAAGGAUUUGUUCCUCAUCAUGGCUGGAUUGGAUGACAAUGCUGUCGUAAUUGGAGAGAUGAUGCCAUGGACUCCCAGUCAUAGAUCAUUUCUUUCAGAUUUCAAGUCUGAUGAAUUUGGUACUCAGUCCUCAGACUCGAUGCAAAAUGGAAAUCAGGCAAAAGUUUCGACAUCCGACAAGCAGGAUGUGAUUAUGAAUUCUAAGGAUGAAGAGAGUGAGACUAGAAUUCAAUUCCCAAGUGACUCUUCAUCAGAACUGAGCUCGUUGGAUGUUCAAAAAUCAAGCAUGCGAGGAGGUCUUGCUGAAAGGAUAGCAGCAAGAGCUGGUUUUAGUUCUUUAAGGCUUAAUACAGCUGAGAUAAGACAAGCGAUCUUCUCUUCCUCAACCACAGAUGUCUGUCCUCUUUAUAUCACGAUUCCUCCUGGUCUUAGUCCAGCAGCAUUGUUGAAUUCUCCAGUCUUUCUUUCUAAUUCUAUGGCUGAAUCUUCACCGACUAGGGGCAAAUUUCCUUUCACACAAUGCACUAAUAACUGCUCAAUGUCUGACUGGACCACUCCUGAUAAAAGAGAUAGUCACACAGUUGAAGACAUGGAUCCUCAGUUAUUUGCCUUCAAGCCUCAGCUUGGAUCAAGCUCUCGUUAUACUUCAUGUGCAGAAAACAAAGCAGACCCAAAAACUAAUCACCAGCAUUCGUCAAAUAUCAAGGAACUGGCUCAAUCAGAUUGUCCUGCUCAAACCAAAGGUGUUGAACCAAGUUUGCAAUGCCAACCUCAGCAAGAUUUCAAACUUCAGGAUGGCUUACAUGACUCUCUUUUAAGAAAAGAUGGCUUAUAUGAUUCAACCAACCAGAGAGAUACCACUGAGAAAACUCUGCUCCACCAGAGCACAACUUAUCCUGUCAUGGGUAGGGAACACCCUCCAGCUCCUGAUGACCCACAGGAUGGAGGAGUUGACACAAAAGGAGAAGUCUCAUCUCUAGCUGUAGGAACUCCAGCUGAAGAUGGAUACAACUGGAGGAAGUAUGGUCAGAAACAGGUUAAAGGUAGUGAAUUUCCAAGGAGCUAUUACAAAUGUACUCAUCCAAAUUGUCCAGUGAAAAAGAAAGUGGAGCGCUCCCAAGAAGGCCACAUAACUGAGAUAAUUUACAAGGGAGCUCACAAUCACCCCAGGCUUUCUCACUCAUUCAGAAGCAUGCAGCUUGAGGGUUCGGAACAGCGCGGCUUGCAAUCCGGUUGCCAUGGGGAACAACACUCCAAGGUGAACACUCGAAAUGGAACCAGUGCUCAUGAUGGGAGGAAUGAUGGCCUCGAGGCAACACUAUCUCCUUCUCGAGCCGCUGAAUUCCGUGACACAUCCACUUCAAUGCUGGUCACAGAGGGCUGCGCCAGUUGUGAGAUCAAGGAUGCCAUGGAUGUUUCCUCCGCCUUAUCCAACAAUCAAGAGGAGAAUGACCAGGCAAACCAUGGCAGUAUGUCACAGGGUUGUGAUGGUGAGGGAGAUGAGAUCGAACCAAAACGAAGGAAGCUAGAUGCUGGAGCAUUAGAAAUGAGUGCAUCAUCAAAAGUAGUACGUGAACCAAGGGUUGUGGUCCAAACCACCAGUGAGGUUGAUAUCCUUGAUGAUGGGUACCGCUGGCGCAAAUAUGGACAGAAGGUGGUCAAAGGGAACCCAAAUCCGAGAAGCUAUUACAAGUGUACGAAUCCAGGUUGCAUAGUUCGAAAGCAUGUUGAGAGGGCAUCUCAUGAUCUCAAGUCAGUGAUCACAACAUAUGAGGGAAAGCACAACCAUGAAGUCCCAGCUGCGAGGAACAACUGCCAGGCUAGUUGUGGAUCCUUCAAUGCACCACAGACCUCAGCACCCCAACCUCAGAGCCUUGAUAGAAGGCCAGAGCUAGCUCAGAUGCAAGAGAGGCUGGCUAGGCUGGAGUGGCCACCGCCAUUGGGCAAAGCUUGCACAUCUGGAAGUGGUCAGCUUGCACCAACCUCCAGCUUCUCAUUUGGGAUAAACCAAGGCCUGGCAAUGAACCUUGCAAUGGCUGGAUUUGGCCCCCUGGCUUCCAUGCAAAUGCCAAUGCCCCCUUUGGGUUACUCAUUUCUGCACGACCAUCACAGAGCUUCUGAAGGAGGGUUCAUGGCAUCGAACGGUGAGCCCGAGGAGAAGCCCAUAUCAGAGCCCAGGUUGCCAGCGUCGAUCAACCAUCAGUUGACGGGAAGGAUACCUCUGGGACCUCAGCUGUAAACAGUAGUAGGAUGAUAAGCAUAGAUCCGUUCACCAACUCUU